UACCCAGAAUUGCUAGUAGCUUCAUAUAACAACAAUGAAGAUGCCCCCCAUGAACCAGAUGGUGUAGCACUGAUAUGGAACAUGAAAUAUCAGAAAGAGUCCCCUGAGUACAUUUUUCACUGUCAGGUAAGCAGAAUCACUUCUUCUGAUCCACUGCCUUUCUUGUCCACAGGACUAGGGCUAUGGUUGAAUCCCUGUGAAACUAACUUUCCUGGGAAAUCGUAAAAGGGUCACGUUUUGGUGGGGAUACUAACAAACGAAAGUAAACUGAAGAGAAGUUAAGAAAAGUUUAACCUGGGAAAAAACGCGACAUUUCGUGAGGCAACCAAUGGUUUCCCCACAAAGUGAUGUCUGAGAAAUUCACACGUAGAAAUUCCAUAACUAAUGACAUCACUACCCAGAUCUGGGUAGUGCUUCUGAUUGGUCGUGUCACAUGGUAAAUUUGCUUCAAACAAUCAACAACACUACUGAGAUCUGGGUAGUGAUGCAUCAUCAGUAAGGAAUUUCUGUGCUUGUUUAUCACCACCGUCAUGGUGCUCUUUAGUUUACAUGUAUGAUUGCAUGUAAUAUGUCCUUUUAAUGUAUUUUCUUUUUGCCGUGUUGUUAAUCGGCUGUCAGCAGAGAUUUCAUAAUCGAUCAUAAUUGGAAAAACUUGUAAUCAGAUUGACCCACCUAAUCAAUCAAUCUGCAUUGUAUCUUUAUACGAAUUCCACUUAGGACAGCUGCUGUACCAUGUCUUAAAGCUGAUUUAGAUGGCAUGAGUUUUGCUUACGACCAUUGUACGUGAUUAGCAUACGUCAUGACUUCAUGAUAGAUCAUGUCAUGUAAAUUAGACACACAACAUUUGUUUGACACACGUGGUUGUUGUCGGUGAAAAUUGUGCGCAUGUGGAUUUUUGAAAGUCGAUGAUUGGCGCACCACUGACUCUUUUUACAAUAAUAUUAAUACUUGUCACAACUCACUGAAUCGAAUGUCUUUUUUUUAUUUUAGUCAGGUGUGAUGUCAGUAACAUUUGCCAAGUUUCAUCCCAAUCUGAUCGUUGGUGGAACAUACUCUGGUCAGAUAGUGUUAUGGGACAAUCGAAGCAGUAAAAAGACCCCUGUUCAGAGAACUCCUCUGUCUGCAACUGCGCACACAGUAAGUUAAUACUCUGGGCCGGGUUGUUCAAAGCUGGGUUAAAGUAACCCAGGGUUAGUGCGAAAUUUGAAUUCAGCUAUGAUGAAAGCUUAAAAAGUAAUUCAGCUUAAUUCUUUUUGUCUCCAAUUUGAUGAUUGGAUGCUCCAAAGAAAAAGGGGAAAAUUAUCAGAGAAAAUGCAUUUGAGCAAAAAAAAAAAAAGAAACUUGGUUUUUAAUUUUAAUUUUAAAAAAUUUCGAGUAAUCACUAUUCUGCCUUCAAACAACUGGGCCCUUGUGUUAAUGGUAUCUGUAGGCCCUUUGCUACUUGGGUUUACGUGACCUAUCUGAUACCAAUAUUCUGGAAUACAACCCUAAAAUUACCAGAGAUUGAAAGAGCAUAAAAUAAUUAUAGGAAAUUACCAGGCCAACUUGGUCAAGGCAAGUCAAUCAGGGCAUGCAUGAGCACUGUCAGCUCGGGCAAAGGGGUAAACUGUUUUCUCACAGAAACGCUUGCUAAAGUUAACUUGGCUAGACGUAACCCGUGUGGUAACUGGUCAGGUCGUCCGAAAGUCAUCUUGCCCGUAAACCGUAAACCAUGAUUACAGGGUUUGCACAGUCUUAAAAAGUCCUUGGAUUUUAGGGGAAGUCCUUGAAAAAUCCUUGAAUUCCAUUUUUUUCCUUGAAGAGUCCUUAAAUUACUGUGCAAGUCCUUGAAAAGUCAUUGAAUUUUCUUCAACUUUGAAUGUAGUGGCCUGGAAAGAAUUUUUUUGAUGCUUUUUGGUUGUCCAAGCAGAAUGAAAAAUGUAGAGAAGUUGGUGAAACAAACAGUUCAAGCCUUAAAGUCUUAUUAAAAUAAACUGGGAAUGUGCAUUUCUGUACAAUCUGUGAAAUUAUAUUCCUAGUAGGUGGUCCUUGAAAAUCUAAUGUGGUCCUUGAAAAGUCCUUGAAAAAUGGUUGCAAUGUUUUGUAUGAACCCUGUGAUUAUUCCUUAGCAUUAUAAGGAGUAGGUUGAAUCUGAUCACCAUGCACAUGCCCAUGUUAUUUUCACAGCAUCCAGUGUAUUGUGUGAACGUUGUUGGAACACAGAAUGCUCACAAUCUGAUCAGUGUUUCUACUGAUGGCAAGAUGUGCUCUUGGAGUCUUGACAUGCUCUCUCAGCCCCAGGUAAAAAGCUGAUGAUCUCUCACUUCCUUUCAAUUAGUUAGAAGUGUAAUAUUUUCCCAGGGAGGGGGGGGGGGGGUACUCCGGAUUCCAAGUGACGGGGAUGGUCGAAUGGGGACAAAAAUUAAAACCCAAAAAAAUCCCUGGACCAAAAAUUAACCCCCAAAAAAUCCCAUGCCGAAUUUUCGAGCCUUAAAAAUUUACAGAAAGCAUUGAAUUAUAUAAGACGUUGUUCCUUAUUUGGUUAUACUUUAUUCGCAGAACUACGCGGCCGGGAUACUCAGGCACUACCAGGAAUCUUCACAUUGUUUUAAAUACCCAAAAAAUUCCGGAAUCGAAAAUUUCAAACCAAUAAAGAUUUUUUUAUCAUCCCCGUUACUUACAAUAAAGUAACACAACAAUUAAUGCCUAAUGGCGAUGAUCUUUGGAAGCUCUAGUAAAGACCAGUAACUUCAAAACGUAUUUUGAUCAGCACUGCUGUAGUUUCUAUUCCCGUUUUAAGCCUCCUCGGAUAAAAUUCCCUCCGUUUAUAAGCUCUCCUAAAACGUCUUACGAAGAAGUAUAAACUAGGGCUUUUAAAGGGGAUUUUACGUUAUUAACGUAGAGGUAUAAUGGGUAUUGUUCUUGGCCGCCAACUGAUGGUUUGCUUUUCAAUGAUAUCAGGACAGCAUGGAGCUUCAGUACAAGCAAUCCAAGGCAGUAGCUGUGACAAGCUUGUCCUUCUUAGCCGGCGAUGUGAAUAACUUUGUAGUCGGUAGUGAAGAGGGCUCUGUCUACACAGCCUGUCGGCACGGAAGGUAGGUAACGCAGUGGCUUGAUUUGUAACCUGCAGAAGCGGCGCUGUUUUUUUGGCGUUUUUCGGGCGAGCGAAGAACGAAGCGGGCGUGGAGCGCGCGACACACGCGACACACGCAACAAGGAAAGGCGAGGAAAAAUAACUUUUAAUAAUUUUUUCUGUGCUUCCCUGUUGCGCGCGUCUCGCGCCUUUUUUUCUUUUCGCGCUUACCUUCGCAAGCCUACAAAACGCGAAAAAAUAACGUCCGCGGGCUUUAUCUUCUGCUUCUACAGUGGAACCCCGUUCAUGCGGUCACCAAUAGGCCAAAAAAAUUGACCGUAUUAACGGGUGACCAUAUUAACGAGGGGUUUUUUUACAAGAAAAUGUAUGGCCGUUUUGCCAGGCGGCCAAAAAAAGUGGCCGUAAUAACGAGGUGGCCUUAAGGCGGGGUUUCACUGUACUUGCUUCCGUACGCGUUUAAGGACGCGUUUAUUUCAGAAAAUCUCAAUUGAGAUUCCAAAAUCCAAACCUGGGUUUUGAGUUCCUUCACUGAUCCAAAAGUAGAUUUUGCGUUUCUGUACUAAAAUCCAAGAAAGGAUUUUGCGCUUUCCGAAAUGUUUGAUGUCCUUUGAUAUGCGCAUGUUUUACGCUCUGGUUAGCGGUACCUAUAAACGUUAACAGGAAUCGAAUCAAAGUUAUUUCCCCCUACAUCGCUAAAAUUUGACAACUUGAGCUAUUUUCCUGGUUAAAAAGGCCAAACGAUUUGUAUCAUUGUAGUUUUAGUGUUAUAGAAUGUUGCUUGGCUUCUCAACGCAGCAAGCUUAUACUUUAAAAGGUUAGGAUAUCAUGCAGUAUGAUUUGAGGCCGUGGUUUAAUUGAACAAUAUAAAAAUUAUUUCUCCACUUUUCUCAUUUUAUAGUAAAGCUGGCAUCAGCGAUAUAUUUGAAGGUCAUUAUGGUCCAGCGACAGGUAUUGAUACGCACUCCGCGGCUGGACCUAUCGACUUCUCCUAUCUCUUCUUAACAUCCUCAUUUGAUUGGACCAUCAAACUCUGGAGUCACAAGGUAAUCAGCGAGUGUUGCUACAAAAGCAUGCGCACUGCGCCGAUUUGCGCGUCAGAGUGGGUCGCUGUGGUGACGAAUUGCAGUGUGGGGCUGUGUUGGGGACGCUAUCGCUUCUUCUAUUAGAGAGCUUUAGUUUCUAAGACGAGGGCGACUGCGAGAUCGAGAUAUUCUCAAUACUAAGGGUGCGUUCGACUGGGAAAUCUGGAUGUAGAUUCUAAAAUCCGGAUUUCGGAUUUGCAAUCGACCGCGAAAUCCGAUGCUGAGAUAUCUGUGUUUGGAUUUCCUUUUUGCCGUUCGAUUGGAAAAGGAUUUGAAAAACUGUCCUUAAGAACAGCGGUCUUGCACGCGCCCGCAUAAUUAGCAAAAAGAAGACUGCUGUUUACGAGAAUAGUUUUGCAAAUCCUUUUUCGGAUUUCCCAAUCGAACGGUAAAAAAGAAAUCCAUGAAAUCCGGAUUUGGAUUUCUUAAUUGAAAUCCACCCCCAGGACAGAUUUCUCGGAGGUAAAAUCUGUUUUUGGAUUUCGCGUUCGAUUGCAAAUCCGAAAUCUGGGUUUCAAAUCUAAAUCCGGAUUUCCCAUUCGAUCGCAACCUAAGUAGCGCACGCGUGAACCAGCGUCAUUUUGGCGGGAAAACGUGAUUGCCGUCGUCAUUCUACUUUUGGUAUUAGCUAAAAUGUCGUAGCGAUGGAAACAAGUUAUGAAGUGUUAAAAGUUUCAUCAUUUUGCGAUUGGAAGAGGGCCAACCUCCUUCAUUAGAAAAUUCUGUUCUUGGGUAUUUUACGACGUUAAAUCUGCGACGUUUCUUGAAUCUAUGCUUGCGUUAUUCAGAACCCUCGGCCACUGUAUUCGUUUGAAGACAAUGGCGAUUACGUGUAUGAUGUACAGUGGUCACCAAUCCACCCUGCCUUAUUCGCGGCUGUGGACGGCACUGGAAGACUGGACCUGUGGAACCUUAACAACGAUACUGAGGUACAAAUUUGAACUAUAUUUCGUUUGAAUGCACGUGAAACACGUGUAUUACUCCCACCCAAUCUCCAUCACUUUGCUCCCUUGCAGGUACCAACAGCAAGUACACAUUCCGAAUCAAUGACGUCACUGAACCGUUUGCGGUGGACGCAUUCAGGGCACCAGAUUGCCGUGGGUGACGAUGAUGGUCACGUGUUCAUUUAUGACGUUGGGGAGGUGAGAGAACUCACGAAAAAUGUUAAGUUAUCGAGAGUCGAAUAUAAGAAAGUUCCCGCUCAUUCAGUAUUUAUUGCCAGGGGGAACUGUCUCGAAAUUUGUCUGGGAAACUGCCCACCUACCCCUUCCCUAAGCCAACAUCAACACUUACUUCUAACUUAGGGUAAAAUGUUGGCUUAGGGGAGGAGUAGGUGGGCAGUUUCCCAGAAACUUAUAAUGAUCCCAGACAGUGGGAACUGCCACCAAACUAAGUGAACAUAAAAAUAACUACUCAGAACAUGAAAAGAAGGUAUAAAUAAUGCAGCAAAUACAAAAGGAGAAGGAAGAAGAAGAUUGAAACGGAUUGGAAUGGUGGCUUUUGCGCGGAAAACGUGGUAGCCUAACAGAUGUUAAAAGUUCAUUUUUGUUUGCUGUAACAGUUGGUAAUUAUAAUACUUGGGAGUACAUUAUUAUUUGUUUGACACGAAGCUGUGGUUACGAUCCGACGACGCGAUGGCAACGAAACGUCAAGAGAACCGAAUAGUUUUGGAUUAGAAGGCAAAACAACAACUUUGCAGAUGCAUCACACUUUUUUGUACAUUUCUUAAGCGUUUUUGCACCACCACGAAGUGCAUUUGCCUAAUUUCGUGUUUUAUUGAGACCGUAAACAAGCAAUGACGAAAUUUUAUUUCGCUUUCUGAACUUGAAUAUGGUCCCUUGGAAUUCAAGUUCAGGAGGGUUCGCGUACAUUUGACAAAGUACGUAAGAAGAAAUAAUCGCCGUAAAGACUAAAAGAACGCAAAUUCACUUUCUAAGCGACGUUCUCGUUGCCGUCGCGUCGUUGGAUCUUAAAGUCCAUUGUAGCGAAUAUGGACGCGUAUUUGGUAAUAGAUCGUUUUUACUGUCACGCAACAAAAAAAUAAAUUGAAAACCGCCCAGUGAAAGAAGCCAAGAAAAUGAUAUGUUAUAAAAGACUAAUUUUUAAACAAUUUGUCCAAGUCUCAGGUCUUUUUGGCCCACAGUUUCUGAGUUAUUUGCCAAGACGUUUCACGCAUCUUUGAGGAGCUUUGUAUGGAGACGCCAUAUUGGUGCACAGUGUUGGUGCACCAAUAUGGCCGCCGAAAAUCAACAAAAACAUCUGCAGUUCACUUGUUCUAUAAAAGCUCCUUCUUUUCACUCGAGAACUAGCCUACGUACCCAUAAACAUAUCUUCUAAUACUUGAAAUGGUUAUACUGCUGAAAAUCAAGAGGAGAGACUUUUUUCCAACGAGACAGCAUUCCUAUUUUGGUGUCACGCACUCUGAAAACUCGAAGUUCAAAUCGCUGUAUUUUCGAAAUGAAACAUGCUAUGGGACUGAAAACUUGUACAAAGAUUAACGUUUUGUUUAUCUUCAACCUAGUGUAAAUAAGCAUUCGUAAAACCUCGCUAUUUUGACUUUACAAUUUGAUGACGUCACUGUGAAAACCAUCUAUAUUCACAAAAUGAACUAGACCACCGUGAUACUGCAGCCCUUGUAUCUCCUCUACUGUCCAUGUUUUACUCGUGUUGGCGAAAUAAUGAUCUCUUGCUUUUUGUUUUCCUUUCAGCAACUUGCGGUGCCGAGACCUGAUGAGUGGUCCAGAUUUCAAAACACUGUUCACGAAAUUCAGGCUAAUGCCUCGUCUAACAUCGGUGAAUUCGGUUCACCAAAGAUGUCUCCCUCUAAGAUACCAUUCAGUUAA